GCGCACUGGCCGCUCUUCCAAAUAAAAAUGGCAGCCUGUGUCCUUAGACAGGGACUAUUUUGCACCGUUGGUAAAUACAGUAAAAAGCAUGGUAUACGGAUAGCAAAUGUGGAUUUUAACAGUAGACAUCAAGCUAACAGAGGACGUGCUCAGUGCUUAAGUUGUUGUUGUGUAUUCAAUGCAGUACAGCAGAAGCGCUUCAUGUCCUCUCGUAACAAACCUGAUGGGAAGUUUCUGGAGACCGUAGGAGUAUUUGAGGCAACAAAACAGCAUGGCAGUUAUGAGAUAGGGCAGUUGUUCCUACACAGUGUCUUUGGCUACAGAGGUAUUGUUCUCUUCCCCUGGCAUGCUCGCCUGUAUGACAGAGAUGUCAUUCCUACGACUACAGAUAGCAAAUCUGAAACCUCCGGAAAUCAUGCGUCUAAGGAGGUGAAAGGCCAAACCCACACGUAUUAUCAAGUCUUGAUAGACACCAGAGACUGUCCACAUAUAUCUCAGAGGUCACAAACAGAAGCUGUCACGUUUUUGGGCAACCACGAUGACAGCAGGGCCCUCUAUGCUAUUCCAGGUCUCGACUAUGUAAGCCAUGAAGACAUUUUGCCAUAUAACUCAACAGAUCAGAUGCCUAUUCAGCAUGAACUGUUUGAUAGAUUUCUUUUAUACAAACCAUCAAAAGGUCCAUCAUUUGUGCCGAGAGAUGCUCUCCGUGCAUGGCAGGAGAAAAACCAUCAGUGGCUUGAAUUGUCUGGUGUUCACCGUGAGACCACAGAAAACAUUCGAGUCACGGUUAUCCCAUUUCACAUGGGUAUGCGGGAGGCCCAGAAUUCCCAAGUGUACUGGUGGCGUUACAGCAUUCGUCUGGAGAACCUUGGAAAUGAGGUGGUACAAUUGAGAGAAAGACACUGGAGGAUCUUCAGUCUGUCUGGUACCUUAGAGACCGUCAGAGGAAGAGGAGUCGUGGGACGGGAGCCGGUGUUAUCAAAAGAACAGGCAGCUUUUCAGUAUAGCAGUCAUGUCUCUUUGCAGUCUCCAAGUGGACACAUGUGGGGCUCUUACCGGCUUGAGAGGCCAGGCGGUACCUUCUUCGACGUGCGCAUCCCACCCUUUUCUCUUGAGAGCAAAAAGGAUGAUACUCCUAACAAUUUUCUGCCCGGUCCUUUUACCUCACUUUCUUAGGAUCUCAGUCCUAUUGAUCCUGCUCAUUACUGUGUUCAGCAUUCAGUUUAAGUCAUGUUAGUUAAAAAUUUUAUCUGAUACUCCAAUCUGAAGUAUUUCAGAAGAGGAGGGGUGCUGAUCUAUUUUAAUAACUACAAAUAGGGUUUUAUAAUAUUUAAAUAUUUAUUAUAAAUUAAGUAUUAAUAUAUUUUUACAGGGCUUGGUGUACUCUUUUUCUCUCCUCCAAAAUAAGUAAAUAAGAAACUUGGGAACUCAUAAACGUUUAUGAAUGCUGCUUUACAGCUCUCAGUCAUUGUGUUCACGCCACAUGGACCCCAUUUUAAUAUAUAGCCUAUCACUUCUGUGUUUUAAGAGCCUGAAAUAUAAUGCUACACAUUGACUGACUUUGGCUCUCAGAGAGUGGUAGGCCUAUUAUCAAGAUGAUGAAUGGAUUUUCAAAAUGUGACUUGUCGCCACCUACUGGCUGUUUUAACUUCAGUUACAAGUUAAAAGUAUUUUUUACAGUAGGCCUAUUUGAAUAUAUUUAUAUUUUUAUAUGUAAAGCUUCAAUCUCAUGA